GCUGCGCAUGCGUAUUACUAAUUAUGUUGACCUACUUUUCAUAGGAGGAAAUGUCCUCGGAAAUGCGUCAAAUAUAUCGAAACCACUCAACAUAACUAUUUGAAUCUGAUGGCAUAUGCAAGAAAACUCAUAAACAUACACGUUGGCCCAGUAUGAAGUAUAUUCAAGAAGGAUAAGUGUAUUUUGGACUGAUAGAAUUUCUGACGCCAUUGAGCAGAGGGUCGUCGUGAUUGAGCAGAAGAUUAUUUCUGCUCAUCGAUCAUCAUUCAAUCACUGAUUAAUACCGGAACAUUAGGACAGUGUUGUACAGUACAGCACUUGAAAAAUACAUACACUCCUGUUAUACCAUACCGUAUACAUCUUUUUGUAACUGUGAAGUCACAAAUUAUUAGAUAAGAUGUCAGCUUCACCUUCUGCAACAUCAAGUCGCUUCACUUGUCGAUUGUGCAGUAAAUCAUGGUCCGCCAAAUCUGGCAAAUCUUGCACACUGAUUCCAAAGGAUUCACCAAUUGCGAGCAAUAUUGAGUCUAUUAUUCCCACAAUCAAUUCCAUGUUUUCAUCACGAUUUGGUAGACGCUACAGUUUACCCGAAGAGGCUUGCAAACUAUGUUGCUCGAAAGUAAACAAAAUUAUAGAAGAAACGGUUUCUAUGAAUGCAGCAUCAUCUCCUCGAUCACAAAGAAUAAGACGUCCACCUAGGAGACUAGAGGAUAUUGUUGAAUCAAAACCAAAGAAAAGAAGAGUGAGUUCUACUCCAAGAAAACUCACAGAAUUGCCAGAUUCUAGACCAGUAAUCCUCCGCACAAAUAAAAAACAACAGAAAGGAAUGAAAAAUGUAGAUCGUGUAACUCAAAGUGACCAACAUGAUAGAGUUUCGAACACUGUAAGUCAACAGCAGGAUUUGUCAAUUGAGAUCCCUGCUUACUCAACUGAACAGGCUCUUGAACCAGUUGUCCAUACAGUAUUUGACUCACAUCCAAUUGAAUCUGAUCAACUUCAAGUACAAGUUAAAACACGUAAGAACAUUUCACUUUUAACAAAUAAGGAAGUUUUGACUGUCGAAUCUGUCACCAUGGAUGGUAUGGAGAAAAAAGUUAUUCAUACAGAUGGUGUUCAUGAAAAAGUCUAUUCUCCUGAAUGUGUUGUUACACUUCAGAAUAAAAAUGAAGAUAAUGUGAGUGCAGAUACUCAAAAUUUGAAUGUUGUUGGUGUAUCGAUCCAAGAUAUCCUUAAGGCUGUAGAUACUGAUGCUGUAAAUAUAAAGACAAUUUCACACAUGAACAGAACAGCAGAAGCACAUCUACAAGAAUCUGUAAGAAGCACCAAUAUUUUACCAAACUCUUCUCAAGUGGUAACUGAAAGUGAUUCCCAAGUAAACAAACGAAGAAAAGGUACAGUCAAGAAGAUUUCUGACAAAGUUUGGAAAACAGAACUGUUGCCAGAAGUCGAUUUGAGCACAAAAACAAAACCUGAAAAAGACACACAUGUCAAACAGAGUGAAGAAACUGUUUAUGAAGUAACAGUCUAUGAUGAAGGUGAAAAUGUCAUAUCUUUGGUAACAGACGAUCUUGCAGAAAAAUCCAGGAAUGAUAUUGAUCAGUCAUUCAUAAGUACUUCAGAAGGGGCAGCAAAUUGUUCCCAUCUGUUUGAAUCGGGACAACAAGGAAUAUCUGAAACCGUAUCAGAAGAACAGCUUGAAACUGUAUCAGAAGAACAGCUUGAAAGUGUAGAGGCAGAACAGCUGGAAACUUUAACUGAGGAGCAGCAUGCAAAUGAGAGACACGAAGCUGAAACUAUUGCAUUAGUUGAUGGGCAGGAUGGUUCUGAAAAUAUGGUUGAGCAACAGUGUGAUGCUUCAGUUGAGGAGCAGCAGGCAACUGUUGUUACUGAGCAGCAUGAAGCUGAAACUAUAAUUGAUGGACAGGAUAAUUCUGUAGCUGAACAAUCUGAAGAGGGGGGAGUGCACGAGGAGUCCAUAAAGCUGUCAGAGAUUAUCGGUGAGAUCAGUGAACCAGUUAUAGUAACUGUGGAAGUAGAAAAUGAGACUACACGAUUUAUGGUGAUUGGUCCAGAUGGCAGAACCUGGGAAUCUAACACUUUACCAGAAGCACAGCAAAUUAUAGAUGAAUACCAUAAGUCAUUAGAGAGCAAGAAUGAUACAGACAACACAAAGUGCAAGGAUGAAGCUGCUAAAGUGGUAUGUAAGGUUGAGGUUCCUGAGAAGUCCCCAGAUGAGCCUGAUGCUAUUAAAACAGUUGAACAGUUGACUGAAAAUGACGUUCCAGAAACAGUUGCUUGUAAAGUAGACAUUGAAACAUCUCAAGCCAUAGAAUCCAUAAACACGAACAAACAAGAGGAAUACAUCAGAGCUAAACAGGAAAGAAUUGAUGGAAGAAAUGUAGAAAAUGAUACAAUAAUAGUAGAGUCUAGACCUAUAGAGCUUGGAAAUACAGACAGUAAUGUACCAAUCACCCAAACAUCAAAGAUAUGUGUGAAAAUACACAGGAAAGAACUUAAGGAGCUUAUCUGCCCAAUAUGUGAUGUUCAAUUUGUGUUCAGACCAGAGCUGAUAAACCAUGUUUUGAGUGACCACCCUGACAAGGUUGUUUUGUGUAAGACUUGCAAUCAGGUGUUCAAGACGAAAGAAGAGAUGGUCGAGCAUGUCAAGUCCAGUCACCCUAAGAAGGCUUGCCAGGUGGAGGGAUGCAUGUUCAUUGGUAAACCCCAUGAUGUAAUGAGACAUGGCUCAGUACAUACCAAGGAGAAAAACUUCCAGUGUGGUAAUUGCGCUAAAUACUUCAAGUCCCAGAACUCUCUUCAUAAUCACAUCCGCAUCAUCCAUGAGAACUCCCAAGUCCAGAAGUGUCUCGUUUGUGGCAAAUCAUUCAGCAGGACAGCCUCCUACCAUGAACAUAUGGCCUCGGCUCACACCAAAGACAAGCAAUAUAAAUGUAAAGUGUGCAGCCAGGGUUUCGUAUCUAAACAUAGUUGGAAGAGGCAUGAGAAUGAGUACCAUUGCUCACCAAAGUAUCAGUGCUCCUUGUGUGACAAGUUAUUCCUGCACAAGGGAGAUGUCUCAAAACAUGAAAAAACUCAUGACAAAGAUACCUACAAAAAUGUUCCUUGCCCUGUAGAAGAUUGCAAUUAUAAGGGUUACACUAAGCUAUUGGUGUGGAGACAUGUGACUACAUCACACAUGAACAUUGUGAAGCCUCGAACAAACAACAUCAACAGCUCGAGGAGGAAGUUUUGUUCAAAAUGUAUGCAGUAUGUGCUAUUUUAUGAUCAACAUAUCCAAGCAUGUGAAGGUCUGAGUGAGGCAGAGUUGAAGGACAGGGAGGAGAAGAGUGUGCAUUAUGCUGAGAAACUGGAUGGCAUAGUUAAGCAGGUUAAAGAGAGAACUGGUGUGACUGUUUGUGAGGAAGAAGAGAUGGGACUUACCAUGCCUGGAGCACUCGAUAUGGAGGAAUGGUCUCAACUGGUUAAAGAACGUGUCCAGCUUGUUCAGACUGGGGGCUUCAUCAGUUUUGAUGUACCUGUCAUGGAGGACCAAUAUGUUCAAGACCCUAACCAAGCAGCUGGUGCUCAAGCAGACCCCAUUGCCACAAAUGAAGUACAUGUCCAAGAGGAUGGGACAGUUAUCAUUGAUGGACAUGUACAAGUUGAGGAGAAUGAAAACUCUGAUUGGACACAAUCUAAUAUAGAUAAUGUCACUAAUACAGAAUAUGUAUUAGUUGAAAAUGACAGUGGUGAGACGAUGUUAGUUGAAAAAUCAUGUGGUCAAAAUGUAGUUGUUAUGGAGGUUAAUAAUGAAGAGAAAGGAACUAAUGAUAAAGAAGCCUUGGAAGCUGCACAAGUUCUGUGUGCCAUGCAACCAUAGAGAGAUGGCUUCAAUAAUUGAUAAUUAUGGGAUUUAAUGCACACAAAUCCCAAUGAGUCUUUAAUUAAAGGAUUUAUGCUUCAGAACCUGUUUAUAAGAGGAAGAAUAACGUAUUGCAUUAUAUGCAGUUAAACUUGAUUUAAAGUGAAUGCACUAUUCCUCAUCAAUAAAUAGGUCCUUAAUCUUACUAGUAUAGUAUAUCACACAUGUUUGAACAGAGAGAAAUUGCGAAAAUCAUGCAAAGGCAAACUGCUGCCAUGGAUGCUGAAACCUAGGAAUUCAGGACUGAUUGAACCCUAGAUAGCUGAUAGAAUUAAAUCUAUUUAUUUAAAUAAUAUUGUUUUGUCAGAAGUAAGAUCAGAGGAGGGAACAUCCCAGGUUUCAAAGUGUAUGACCAAAUUUGUAUAGACCUAGAUUUUUGAAAAAUUAGGCCUAAUGAAAUUUAUGCAUUCUAAGAAUUCAAGAACCAUUAUACAUGUAGUGUAAGUUACAGAUGGCUAUGAUUUUAUUUUUGGGGGAGUUACACUAUCUAGAGAUACUUGACAUGAUGUUUCAUAAGUCCACAUGCCAACUUCUAUAUCAAAUAUAUUGGGUUAUUGUAUUGUUAUAUAAGCUUUUUAUUAUAUUGGAACGAUUUACCAUUGUUUUCGUUUUGUAUAUAAUAUUGAGAAUGGGC